AUGGCUCUCCGGUACCUCUUUGGUCUCUCCACGACCGCCCUCCUCGUGGUUGGAUUGUAUAUGCUCUUCCAGGGGGAAGGUGAAGCAUUCAAUGUUGGCCGCUUCCUCGAAGAGGUGUCCCCUUACGCCUGGGCGAACAUCGGUAUCGCGAUGUGUAUUGGAUGUUCGGUGGUCGGAGCUGCAUGGGGUAUCUUCCUCACUGGUUCCUCGAUCGUCGGCGGCGGUGUGCGCGCUCCCCAAAUCCGCACCAAGAACUUGAUUUCCAUCAUUUUCUGCGAAGUCGUCGCUAUCUACGGCGUUAUCAUGGCGAUCAUCUUCUCCUCAAAGCUCACCCCCGUCCCCGAGACUGAGAUCUACACCAAGAGCAACUUCUACACUGGAUAUGCGCUAUUCUGGGGCGGUAUUACCGUCGGAUUCUGCAAUCUGAUUUGCGGUAUUUCCGUCGGUAUUAACGGCAGUGGCGCUGCUCUUGCGGACGCUGCGGAUGGUACCCUGUUCGUCAAGAUUCUCGUUAUUGAGAUUUUCAGUUCAGUCCUGGGACUGUUCGGUCUGAUCAUCGGCCUUUUGGUUGGCGGUAAGGCCCUCGAUAUGGGUGCGGCUUAA